UUAAAAAUGGAAGAUAGUAAAAUGCUUGAAAGCUUUGAAAUUAUGAGUGAAAAUGAAAAGUCUAUGGAAAUUACAGAGAAGAAUUCAAGAGAUGACAACAAUCCCUUCACACCAAUUCUAGAUAAGACGCCUGUUGAGUCUGAGUUCUCAGUCCCAGUCUGGAUCGCUGAUAACGUUAAGAGUAGAGAAUGGAAGGAUAGACAAGAAGCUCUUCUAUCAGCUAUAAAGUUAAUCAGGUCAGAACCCUUUGCCAUCUCCCAACUCAAAGCAUCAGGAUUUGAUUUUGUCAAAAUUCUUGAUGAAACCAACAAAAGUGUUGUAAGAAAGUGAUACAAAGUCACAAGUCUCUACAUCAAGCUUGAAGAUGAUCAACAGUAUCUUAAAGAAAUCUACCAUUCUUUGCUUUGGAAGUGUCUUGAGAAUGGAGUCUCCAAUAGAUUCACUUAUCGUUACGCAUUAAGAAUCAUUUGAGAACUUAUCGAAAUGUUCAGCAAUGUUGAUGAAAUCAAUAAGGCUAUCCUCCUGAAACUUAUGGAACCUGAGAAGGCUGUCAAAGCUCAACUUGGGGUUCUUUCACUACUAAACUUCUUAAUUUACAAAUACGGACCAGAAAAAAUCGAUACUCUCCUGUUUGUAGAAGAGAUCGGGAAAUAUUCACUGAACCCAAACGGAAAGAUCAGAAAGGAAGCUCUAAAGUUCCUAGUAAUUGCUGCUAAAUGGAAGAAGAAUAAAGAUAGCAUUAUGACUGUUGCCAUGAAAGUUCUCCAGCCAGCCCAGAUCAAGCUCUUGGAGAAGAUGCUCCAAGCACUGGAGGACACUACUUCCUUGGAUGAAGAAUCAUCCAAAAUUAACGAAUGUCUCGAAGACUCUGAUGAAGAAGAUGCUUGGUAUAAUAAAGAUGGAGUGAAAGUUGAUAGAAAUGCAAUUCUUGCAGCAAAGUUUACUGAUGAAGAAAUGAGCAACCACUAUAACGCAAGAUGGUCAAGAAACGCGUUUUUAAUCUUUGAUUGGGUGAAGAGAGUUUCAUUGCUCGAUGAUAUCAUGUUCGAUUUAAUGUCUGACAAAAUUGUGGAUGACGAGCUUAUCUACAUUUUUGAUUACAUUGAUCAUAUGUUAUGAAGCUAUAAUCUCAAUGUUCUUAUGAGAACCCAAAAACUAAUUCAGACCUUUAUUCUGAAGUCAACCAACCACCCAUCUGAAACCUUCAGUUUCCAAGUUAAGAGAAACUUUAGCCGUAUCAUUGAGACAUUUGUUAAAUCCCUGAAUGUCAGUGUUCCCAAAUACUUGGUUGAAGUGGCCAAAGUAUUCUAUUAUCUUGAGAAAUACAUGUUCACCGAAAGAGAAUACUACAUGAUGCUUCAGUCUUGAUUCGCUUGGUGUAACCAAAAGAAGGGUAUUCAGGUGAUCACUGAGAGUAUUGUGACCUUCAUUGAGAAUUCCUCCCCAGAUAUCAAAAAUGUCUUAGAAGGCACUAAUUUUGCCAGAACAAUUGAGAGUGGAAAUAAGUGUCAUGUCAAGAAAAAUGCUUCUCCAAUCAUACUUUUGACAGUCAAGGAGAAAUACGGCAAACAUGAAGAAUUUGAAAAAUAUAACACUCCAGAUCUUGCUAAAUUGAUUGAUGAGUUAACUCCAGGCCAAAUUAAAAGAUUCGAUAUCUCCAAGAAAAAUAUUAUAAAGAAGGGGAAACUUGUUCUAGAGUCUAUAAAAGAAGAGCAUGAACCGAAAGAUCUUCAGCUGAUGGAAGACGGUUACGAAAGCAUUGAGCAAAUCUCUGAAGAGACUUCCUCAUGUUGCAGUAGCGACUUUGAUUUCAUUGAAAAUGAUGAUAUCCCUGAUGACAUUUUUAUUGAUGUGACAACUCCAGCUGAAUCUGAGAAAAAGGAAAAGGAUAAUUGCGUAAUCUUCUAAUUCUACAUUCAAUCAACUAA